UAGAGAACAGUAUGUUGCAGUUUGUUUGAGAUAUUUAGUUGGAUAAUUGCUUGUUAUGGAUGUAAUACUUAUAAAAACAACGCAUAUAUAAAAGAAUUUUUAUAUAUAAUUCCAAAGAAGAUUUAAAUUUAAAUUUUGUAUUCAUCACUUUGACAUAAUGACAGAGGUUACAACAAUGCGAACUCAAUCUGCCGGGCGGAUUUACCCCCUGAAAGAAAUAAAAGACCAGUAUCCGUAUCUUAGGAAAACACAAAAUGAUCCGAGACUAACAAGCUCGGCUUCUGUCGCCCUCAGAGGAGAAAAUUCACCAAGAAGGUUUACAGAUAUGAAGGAUAAUUUUCAACAAGCUGCUUUGAUAAAUAUAGUUGCUUCCGUUAACACUGAAAACAAGCAAAGACAUCCAUCUUCGGCAGACACCGUUCGCAAUACAGUUAAUGUUAUAUCGAAUUUGUUUCUCCAAAGGGACCGACAAAUAUCAAUUCCAAAACCUCAGGCUUUCAUGGAGGUUCCUCACAAAUUCUCGAAAAAGAAACCUUUAUUCAAUAAGAAAUCUGGUCAUCAAGCAUCUGAGAAAGAAAUAGAAAAUCGUAAAAGAAAUAUAACAUUGUCAAGGUCAAGGCCUCUAUCGCGUGAUUUGGAAUCAGCACCAAAGCAAGAAAUUAAAAUUGCAGUGUCGUUACAGAAAAAUAUGGAUGACGUAAACAGUUUGGACGGAUCUCGUGAUUGGAUAUCAUCACCAGCAAAGGUAAGAUUGGCAAGGUCAAAUAGUCCGCGACACAGGUAUGCGACUCUAAAGAAGAAACCGGAACAAAGAGCAACGACGUCAAUAUCAACAUGCGAAGCUAUUGACAUAUUGGACGCAACAGAAUCAAUCAACCAGCCGAAACCAUCAUCAGUUUCGUCCAUCCGUGAAUAUGCAACAUCCCCAAAUCAAGAUUCAAAUAUGUAUCGAGCAAAAUCUUUGCCUGCUUUAUUUCCGGUAAAACGUAGAAAAUCAUCUGAUGCUCAGAUUUCUUUGACAUUUGAAAAGAAACAAAACAUUAAUCCAUUUAAAAAGACAUCCGUAAAGGCAUAUGGUGGGAUGCCAAAUUUACUAGUUGGUAAAAAUAUUCAGGGGAAAUCGAAUGAAUUUGAAGAAAAUGCGGAAGAUCACCCAAGGUCUGCUCCAAAACCAAGUUCAAAUACAACAAUACCACACGAUCAUUUAAAAACGCAUCACAGGGAAGACAAAAAUGUAAAAGAAAAACCGAUAAUAAUAAGUCAAGAGAAUAUUACCUUAACUGGACGGUCAAUUCCGAAUCCUAGACCAUCAUCAUUCCAGGUGUCAAAAUCGCUCAAACAUCCAGAAACAGAUUUACUUUAUUCUACACUGGAUCACAUUUAUGAGAAAAAGAUUGUAAUGAAACAGUUAGAUAAACAAUUUGAAGAUUUACGCAAACAUAUAUCGGCUAAAAUGUCUAAUUUAAGUGAUGGUGGAAGUAUGGUAUCGGAAUCGACAUCUGAUAUUACUACAUAUAAUGUUGUAGGGAAAGCAUUCAAAUCAAAUUUAAGUACAGCAAGCAGUGCAAGUAGGCACGGGAAACAAAAAUCACAGAAGCGAGUGACAUUUGCAGAGGAACCAGAAGAAAAUCUUAUCCUUCCGGAAAAGCCUAUUCUAAAUUACGACAAUGAUAGAGCUUUAUUAAAUGCUCGAUUAAUGCAAACUAAAUAUCAGUUCAAAGACAGAGACGGGAAUCAAAUGAAACAAUCUAAACCAAUGAAUGAGGCUGAAUUGGUUCGCUUAAAAAAUAAAUUAAUGCCUGGUAUCCAUAGUGAUGAUAAGUCUAAAAAUGACUUUCUGAGUGAUGUACGAAUGUCUGGGAUGUCUAAGGACCAGAUGAGAAGUUCUUCACGAGCCUCUGAUACGAACCGGUCGAUAGUAUCAGAGGCAGACACAAUUGCAGUGGAAGAAGCUGCAAGAGAAUGGAAUGGUAUUGAUAUUGAUGCUACAAAUAGGGACAGGACUGAGUUUCCUGUUAGUCAAGGUGCUUCGUCGUUUUACCCAAGUGCUCAUGAUGAUGAUGUAGACUCGUAUGAUAGUGAAGAUGAAUUUGAACAAAUGGACUCGUAUCGUGUUGUGAAAGCCAUUGACCUAGGCAAACUUUCAAACUUUCAACACAGAAAAUUUAAAAAUGUCACUCAUAAACAUGAUCCUUCUACUACACACUUUGUAAAAAUAAAAGUAAAAUGAAAUUUA